UUACAUACGUUUAUGGUUGACCGUUUUACUUCAAUAUUCAAAUAGUGCAAAGUUCUUCUACGAUAUACACGUGCUUUGAGACCAAACCACGAACGUAACCAUCCAAUAGUUGGCGGUGAUUAAAAAUACCCAGGCAUCCUUAUAAAAGCCAUCUACCUAUGGGACUUUAUGAAACUACAAAGCUUCUAUCCAUUCCAAUGGCUAUAGUACUUUUGUACCCAGAGAUACUAGUAGCAAUAUUUUUAUGCUUCCUUUCUCUGUGCCAUUGGAGAUGGAAUAAAGCCGUAUUCAUCACAAACUGGCCGAUAGUUGGAAUGCUCCCGGGCCUUCUUCUCCACGCGUCACAUGUGCAUGAGUUCGUAACCCGCGUUCUUAAACAUUAUGAGGGCACUGUCGAGUUUAAGGGUCCAUGGUUCACUGGCAUGGACUUCAUGAUCACUAGCGAUCCCAUGAACAUCCACCACAUUUGCAGCAAAAACUUUUCCAAUUACCCAAAAGGGCCGAAGUUCCGAGAGAUUUUUGAACCUCUAGGAGAUGGAAUUUUCACUUCUGAUAAUGAUUCGUGGAGAAACCAGAGGAAGGUACUCCAUUCGUUGAUAAGGCAGAGCAAGUUCCAGUUGUAUUUUGAGGAAGCUAUCAAGGGAAAGGUGGAAAGGAGCCUUAUUCCAGUUCUUGAUCAUGUCUCAAGUCUGGGAAUUGAGGUUGAUUUACAAGAUGUUUUUCAGCGGCUCACCUUUGAUACUGCUUGCUUAAUAGUUUUAGGUUACGAUCUCAAUUGCCUCUCCAUUGAAUUCCCUGAAGUUGAAUUUUUAAAAGGGUUUGAUGAAGUGGAGGAAUGCUUGUUAUAUCGACACCUUGUGCCGCAAAGAUGUUGGAAGUUAACAAGAUGGCUUCGUAUUGGAACAGAGAAGAAGCUAUUAAGUGCUUGUAAAAUUUUUGAUCGACAUCUAUACGAGCACAUCUCAUCCAAGCGAGAAGAACUGACCCAGAAGAAGGAGGAAGCAGAAUUCAGCUUGUUGACAGCUAUGGUUAUGGAGCAACAAGAAGGAGAAAUGAGUGGUAUUACAAAAUCCAACAAGUUUCUAAGGGACACUGCAGCUAAUCUCAUAUCAGCAGGAAGAGACACUGUCAGUGCCGGACUCACUUGGCUUUUUUGGCUUGUUGCAACACACCCAUCAGUGGAAGCUAAAAUUCUAGAAGAAAUCAAAGAGCACUUGGUGGACAACGACAACAGGUGGAGGGUUUUAGAUAUAAAUGUGCUAAGCAAGCUAGUUUAUCUCCAUGGAGCGAUAUGUGAGUCCUUACGCCUUUUUCCACCUGUACCUUUCGAACACAGAUGUGCAGCUAAAAAUGAUGUUCUUCCCAGUGGCCACUGUAUCAAUCCAAAUACGAGAAUGUUAUACUCUUUACACUCAAUGGGAAGAAUGGAGGGUAUAUGGGGCAGAGAUUGCCUGGAAUUCAAGCCAGAGAGAUGGAUUUCCGAGCGAGGACGAAUAGUGCAUGUACCGUCUUUCAAAUUCACAGCAUUUAAUGCCGGAGCAAGGACUUGUUUAGGUAAGGAUAUAAGCUUCAUUCAAAUGAAAAUAAUUGCAAGCGCCAUCAUUUGGAAUUAUCGUGUUCAAAUAGUUGAAGGCCAUCUUGUUUCACCGAGUAUCUCCAUUAUACUUCACAUGAAACAUGGUUUGAAGGUGAGGAUCAACAAAAGAUAUGUUUGACGAAGUAAUUUCAGGACAAGCUAAAGCACAUCCGAGGCAAAGUAGUUUUCCAUGUCAACCAAUAAACCAAUAAAUAUAGUUUUUUUUUUUUUUUUUUUUUUGAGAUAGAAUAAAUAUAGUUGAAAUGAAAGUAUUGUUUAUAGUGGUGUGAGAUGUUUGGAUAUUGCAUGUGCAACAUUUCAUGUAGGAGCAACAUAUUUUGGUGUUGAUGUAAGUUUUAAUAGAUGAACAGGGCUUUAGAUC